GUUUGUUUGGACCUAAAUGUUUGUGUUUAAAACUGAAGUUCAGUGGUCGUUUCAUCUGAACAAUUUUCGCUGUUACUGGAGAUGUGUGACGACUUGAACAUGUCUGGCCCUCCAGUGGAUCUGUCAUUUAAAAACAUCAGCCAUGUUACAGGUGCUUUGCCUGAAGUACCCCGAAUUGGACUGCGGCCUUUAAACACAAACACAAAGAAUAAGUACCUGAGCCGCUCUUUGCGUCUCAGCAACAACAGCAUCACUGACCUCAUUGGCCUCCAGUGCAUCCUGGGCCAUUUUCUGGCUCAGCCAUCGAAGCUCGGCUGGCUGGACCUGUCCUACAACAAAAUCACCUGCAUAGACCCAGUUUUGUGUGAGCUACAUGAAUUGCGUGUAUUGUACCUUCAUGGCAACAGCAUCUGGAAACUGUCAGAGGUAAACAAGCUGGGAAAGCUGGAGUAUCUGCACACGAUCACACUGCAUGGAAAUGCCAUAGAAGACAACAAAGGCUACAGGAAUCAUGUGAUUUCUGUCCUGCCUCAGUUGAAGAAGAUGGAUUUUAGUUCAGUGACAUGCCAGGAGCGAGUCUUGGCAAACGUUAGGCGUCACUACACUAACCCUGGAAAAAACACCAAGAAGAGCCUCCAGUGACUGCUACCAGUUCAUUAAGUCAUUAAUUUGAUCCAUCAAUUGUCAACCCACUGUUAAAACUACCUUGAAAUUAAAUGUCUUUCCUCAA